AUGUGCAGCAAUCCUAGACUUUUCUAGAGCAUUGAGAAUGAAUAAAGUUGGGAUGUAUUGGAUAUACUUAACAAAAAGUUGUUGAAUGCCGAUCUAUAUUUUUAAGAACUAAAAACAAAUUAUGCUGCCUUAAGCAGUAUUGGCAGAAUCGAAAAGUGCUCAUUAAAAAUUUAAAUCCAUUCUGUAGAAUUAAAAAUAAGGUCUAUAUUUUUUAACAACUUCUACUGA